AGGUACCUUGAGAUCUGAUUUGCCGCAGACACAACCAACGAUUCGCCUGUCGGUGCCACCUCAACAGUUGGAUUAGGAUGUCGGACGACUUUUUGAAGGUUUCCGUUGAGGACACACCGGCACCUCCACCAUACCCGUCAGCAGAGAGCAGCAGCAACAACCAAUACCCGAAUGAGAGUGAACAAGGAGGGUACUCUCAUGGAGCCCCGCCCCCUAAAAGUAGGCCCCCAGAUCAAGGAUAUGGACCAACAAAUCCUGCUUAUGGACCUCAAAGUGGGGGAACCACUGUCAUCAUCAACCAACCAAGGUUCGUACCGCCGAAGGACGCAUUCAAUGAGGAACCAAUCAGAAUGAAAUGUGAUGCUUGUCACCAGGAAAUACUCACCUCUAUUCAUUACGAGACAGGAAUGAUGGUCUACCUUAUAUCUAUUGUCUGCUGUGUGUUGGGAUUAGUGGCGGGAUGCUGUUUGAUACCGUUCUGUGUGAACAUCUUCAAGGACGUCAUUCACUCCUGUCCAAACUGUCGACACCAACUUGGCGUGAUGAGACGAAUGUAGCGCGGACAACGAAAUGUCCAUUGCUGUUGAUCAAAUCAUCUGUGACCUUCGAAGGGGAGACCACUCCCGAGUAUUUGUUUUAGAGACAUGUACGCGUGUUGUACAGUGAUAUUAGUUGGUGGUAUUAACACUAUGUUUGGACAAAGAGUUCGUCGUGAAAUGUAGAUUCUUCAAAUAAGAGUUGUUGAGUCCUCGUUAGGGGUGGUAUAAGUAACUGACAUUAAUAUACUUCCUAACACCAUAUACACCACGAAUAAUUUAAAUUUCACAAAGCACAUAAUUAUCCUCUGUACCACAACCAAGUAUUAACGACAAAUUAAAACUAAAAACCACCACUCCCCUGACACAGAAAAGACUGAAAGACUGAAAAAAUGGCUGGUAUAUCUAUUAUUAUAUUAUAUAUUAUCACAUAUCUCCUGUUCGAAACCUGAUAAAUUAACGUAGCCGCCGUAUUAAAAUGUUUUGUUGUUGA